CUUCUUUUCUCCAAUCCAUAACAAAAAUGGCGAAUCAAGGAAAAAUGCCCAAAGUAAUGGAACGAAGAAAAACAAUGACAAUGAACUGGGACGGAUUAGCAGAUGACGACGAAGAUCAUUUCUUCGAAUCCACCACCAGAUUCUCAUCCGUCGCCCCCAACGAUUUCCCCAUCGAUUUACCCUCUUCAGGUUCCGACGAUGAUGAAUUCGAAGACAGUCGUUUAUCCUUCACAACCUCUUCCGCCGCUUACCUUGCAUCUGCAAGAAGAGCCUCCACCAACUUUCGCAACACCGGAGUAACACCGGCUGGUGGACCUCCUCCGCCUAUGUUUGGCGAUUACGAUAUGUGGACUGCAGAGCCUGGUUCGAUUCAAGAACGAAGGAAAAAACUCUUUCAGGGUAUGGGUCUUGGUAGUAAUAAAAAUGGUUUAGCUGUUGUAAGCUCGAAAUCAAUGAUACCUCCUGCACUUUCACAGAAAAGGUUACCUAUUAACAACGAUACUCUUUACCCUGUUACUGGAAAACCGUCUUUGGAUAACGAACCAAUUAAUGUUAAACACGAAGAAGAUGGAUUAGUUGAUCAAGAACAAAUCAAAGACGAACCCAAUUCCACCGUGGUGGAGGAGGAGGAGAUUAUUCUUAUUCGGUCUAGAUCGGAUGGGGAUAUUGGAGGAUUAUCUGCUGAUACAAGACAGAGAAAAACAGAGAUGAUCGGUAAAAUGUCGAAACAACGGUUAACAAGAACAUCAUCUGUAUUGGUUCCACGGGCUCGAAUGGCUUCGCAUUUCCCCGGUGGUUUAACUAAACCACCGCCCAAGAAACGGAAAGGAAAGAAACAACCGGUGACUAAAAAUGGAGAAUUGACGCCGGCGUUACAGAACGGGCAGGUGGGUGCGUUCUUUCUUAUUAAGAAUCUCGAUACGGAUAAGGAAUUCAUCGUUAAGGAGUUCAAUGAGAACGGAACGUGGAAUAAACUCAGUGAAGUUCAGACUGGGAAACAGUUAACAAUGGAGGAAUUCGAAAAGAGCGUCGGCCAUUGCCCUGUUGUUAAAGAUCUAAUGCGGAGAAAGAGAACGGGAGAUCUUGCUGAUGGGAAAUCGAAAUUGAGUGGAAGCUCUGUUUUCAGUAAGAGUUUAAGAUACAGUAAGAGAAGAGGAGCUUCAAUAAUAAAGAACAUUAAGGGUGUGGCUAAUAACAUGACAGCAACAAAAGUCACAGACAAAGAUUCGCCGGAUUCACCUCCGACGACAGCGCCGCCGCCGGCAGAAGAUCAACAAACAAAUAAGAACCCGAACCCAGCUUCUGCUUCUGCUGCUUCAGCUUCUUCCCCCUGGGUUAAAGUUCGUACUCAAGGAGUAUCCACUAAGGAAUUCACAGCUUUACAUUUAUGUCAGGAGAUUCAGGCGCAUGAGAGUUCUAUUUGGACGAUUAAGUUUAGUUCGGAUGGGCAUUAUCUUGCUAGUGGAGGUGAAGAUCGAAUAAUUCAUGUUUGGGAAGUACAAGAAUGCGAUGUGUUAUCAGGAAAGCAAGCGAUUGACGAUGGUUCAUCUCUGGAUCCGGCUUUGACACCGGAUAGGAAGAAAGAUCGGCCUCCAUUGGCAGAGCUUUCACCAAUGCCAUCGGAAAAGAAGAAAAAGGGGAAAUCUUCAAUUGCUAAUAAAGGAGGACCAAAUGCCAUGCCUGAUUAUGUUCAUGUCCCUGAAACAAUGUUCUCCUUAUCGGAAAAACCAGUUUUCAGCUUAACCGGCCAUCAAGAUGAAGUGCUCGACCUUUGUUGGUCAAAAUCUCGUGUAAGUUUUCCUCGUUCAUGAUACAAACACAACCUAAUUUGAAAUUGAAACCAAAUCAACAUUGGAUUCACAGAUGUUGCUAUCAUCUUCAAUGGACAAAACAGUAAGGUUAUGGGACUUGGAAACUAAAAGCUGCAUCAAGACAUUCGCACACAACGAUUAUGGUAUGCAACACAACACCCACCCAACCAACUGAUUUAUGAAGUGUUUUAUUAACUCAUUCAUUUUUGUGGCUUGUCAGUAACUUGCAUACACUUCAAUCCGCUGGACGAUGACUUUUUCAUAAGUGGUUCCCUCGAUGAAAAGGUUCGAAUUUGGAGCGUACCAGAUCGAAAGCUAGUUGUCUAUACAGAUCUUCAUGACAUGAUUAACGCAGUUUGUUACAACCCUGACGCCCAGGUAAGAAACUUAUCAUUUUACCAUUUUCUAACUAUAUUUCCAUGUUAUUAUCUAAUAUUUCAACAUUGAACAUUCAAGGGUGCUAUGGUCGGCACUCACAGUGGAAUUUGUCGAUCAUAUCGCUUGGCUGGUAUGUUCAUCGAUCACAAAAUUCUUUCAGUUUCAAUUUCCUAAGACGAAAAUGGGCAUGCCCUGUUGUAAUUGUGAUUGUUGAUUCAGACAGCACUCUAGAACAAACCAAUGAGAUUGAACUCCAAGGAAAGAAGAAAACAAAACCAAAGAAGAUAACUGGUUUUGAGGUAAACCAAAAACCCAUUUCCCC